AGCUAAGGGCUUGGCUACUCCCCUGACCAUACAUGGCUUGGCAAGGGCUUUCCUGGGACUACCUCUAGCCCUGCCUCCCAAGCGUUCCCAGCUGGUGUCUUACAAGUGGGAGACACAGGCGGACAGUGCCAGUGAGAGAGAAGCUUGCCAAGGAAGCCUGUUAGAAAUGAGUUUUUCACUGAACUUUACACUGCCGUCGAAUACAACUUCCUCUCCAGUUGCCACGAGUGCCAGAGCCACAGUAAGUGUUCAGGAUUGUGGCCCCUCUGUUGGGCUGGCAGCCGGAAUCCCAUCCCUGCUGGCCACAGCUCUGCUGGUGGCCUUGCUGUUUACCUUGAUUCAGCGAAGAAGGAGCUUCGAUGGAUCCAUUGAGGAAAGUGAGAGACCAUGUGAAAUUUCAGAACUCUAUGACAAUCCCAAAAUAUCCGAGAAUCCUAGGGGGUCACCCACACAUGAGAUGAACCCACGAGGUGCCCAAGAAAGCCACAUAUAUGUGAAGACUGUCUCUGGAAGUGAGGAGCCCCUGCCCGACACCUACCGUCCUCCCGAAGAAAUAGAGAGAAGAAGAGGACUGUGGUGGCUCGUGCCCAGACUGAGCCUAGAAUGAUAUGGCUUUAUCAGGACCGGGAACAGAAACAGGGCUGAAAACCCCAGUGAUCUGUGCUUGGGAUCUAUGCUUGGAGAGGUGAGGAGCUGCAGCCUCUCAUUCCACAUAAAUUUCAUUUAUAGAUCUGCGAUGCCUCUUUAGGGGGUGGCUGCAAUAAGGUUCAUUCAACCUCAGACCUUUCGGUUUAACUGCCCCUACAACCCAGGUGAGCUGCUGGGCAUCCAGAGACAUUUGCUUUUGGGAAAUGGGUGUGGCUUCUGAGUGUCCUGCCUUCUCCUUUACCUGCUCCAACUCUUACCUUAAAAAAAUAUAAUAAAGCGAUGGGAGUUGGCUUUUCUGGGUACCUUGGCUAAAGCCAGCUUAGCACAACUUAGGACAUGAGCAAACCUUAUAGAAGACGUGUGAAAGAAGCCAUUUCUUCUUUCUGAAGAUCUCAGGGUAAAGUUCGCACGAGCCACACAUGCCCUUACAAAAGGAAGCAUGUGGCUGAUUCGUGGCACACAGCAGAGAAGGGGUUAAGGACUUCGGUGUCAGACAUGCCACUAAGCAGCUGCAAGAAUUCUGAGGUCCCCUACCCUCCUCAAGACUGUUUUGGGUUUUAUAAAAGAGGGGAGACUAUUCUGUGCCUCAUUUGGCCAUUUGGGAAAAAUUACAAAAGAAAUAAAGGGAAGUGGUUUCCACUUAGUAGACACUAGAAGCCUUAAUUCUCACUCCUCACCCUGUUUUCCCAGCUCUUCUCAUUCUGCUUUGUCUGACCAAGUCAGGCAGUUGCUCUGCAGUGCUGUUAUCCAUAGUCACAAAGUCAACAAGGAGAUCUUGAUUUUUAUCAUUCUCCGUGGCCUGCAAUCCAAAUUGUUGACAUUUAGAAAUAACUCUAAUUGCCGCUAGCAGCCUACUCACUUCAACUCUGGACACCAUUUGUCCUUAUGUGUCAACCAAGUUCCUCAUUCUAAGUACAGAGACCUGUGUUACACCUGACGUGUUGACCUUUAGGAUGCCAAAGUCUUGGGUGGUCAGUCUUCAUUGCCAGCUUGGUGGGAUUUAGAAACACCAUGGAAACACAGCUCCAGAGGAUUUAGCUGAGCAAGAAGGCCUACAUGAAUGUGGAGAGCACCAUUCCACGGCCUGGGGUUCUGGAGUGAAUAAAAGGGAAUCCAAGUUGAACACACGGAAUUCAUCACUCUCUGCUUCCUGACUAUAGAUAAAAUGUGUGACCAGCUCCUGCCUCUGUGCCUCCCUGCCAUGAUAUACUAUACCCUCAAACUGUAAGCCAAGAUAAGUCUUUCCACCCUUUAGUUAUUUUAUCAGACAUUUUAUCAUCAUAAUAAUGAGAGAAGUAACUAAUAUAAAAUUGAUAUUCAUGUUUUAAUGAGGCAUUUUGCUUUGAAGUAUCAUAAAGAAGAGAUGUUUGUGAGGGAGAAAGAUCAAGAGGACCAAAGAUGAACACAGGGCCAAAAGGAUGGGUUGGUAUGUCCACACCUGUCAUACAAGGGGAAUCUACAGAUGAUUUCACCAGCUUGGGCCAGGCCUUUGCCUUCACUUCCCCAGAUGGCUUCCUGGUGGCCUGGUCAUGGCUACCAUGUGCAUGGCCACUGCCUUGGAGCAAGCUGUGCUUCGAGGUGGAAGAGCUGAGGUCUCAGGGCAUCUCUGGAAACAUCCACAAUCUCCAAGAGCCACCUUGGUAUUCCUGGGAGCCAUUUUUUUUUCAUAUGGGGCCUCUGGUUGUUCAGAAAUGGUCCAAUUUUUUGAGCAACAGAGAAUGGUUCUGUAAACCCAAUGGCCACCACACACACACUCUUCAAGGACCUCUGUAAUUCAGUUAUGUGUUGUUCUGUGGGCCCAGCUUCUAGAUAAGUGCAUUUGGACAUCUUCAGGCAGCCAUGUCCAGGCGUGCUAAACAUUUAUUGCUCUUACAUGGCAGGGAAGGACCUUGGACUUCCUGCCUUGAGGAGACUGUAGCUUUGACGGUCAGCUCCAGCCCAGAAUGUUGGUCACCUAGAGCCUCAGUUCUAUACUUAUAAAACUGACCCCAGCAGGCAGUUGUGAGGCCUAUUUG